AUGGCCAUAUCAAUAGCCAAACUAAACGCAUCCUUUGCUGCGUUUGGUAGAGCAAGUGCAGCUCGCAAGUAUACGCUCCUUUUCUUCUCUUUGACAAUCGCUUUAUUCCUCUCUUGUCCAACCAUUCAACGUCUUCGGGAUUCUCUCUACGCCGCUUCCAUUACAGCAAACACUGACAAUGAUCACUUUUGGCAAUACUCUUCUCACGUCCAUCCUGCUCCAUUCCACCACAAUGCUCAAUCCGAUUCCCUGGUCGCUUAUCAGAUUCGUUUGGCAGCCAUGACAACCCAUCAACAACAGCAACAGCAACCUGUUACCCAACACUUUCUGACUCGGGCCCAGGCCUGGUACAGGGCAUUUACUACAACCAAAGUUGCUAUUGAUGACCAGUACUAUUCACUCAUUGAUCUACCAACGUCUCAAAUAAUGCUCUAUUCACCCUUCGAUGAUUCAUAUUGGCAGCAACAAACGGAUAUUCCAGAGCAAUGGGAGACAACACUCGCAUCAAUCAUCAAUGGUAGCACGCAUGCACUUGACCCUCUUUCCGUCUUUGACAACGUCACUUUGGACAAACAUGGGCGCUUUGUAUGCGCCGAUUCAAUCAUAAUUACCGCACUUUUGCACCAGGACAAUGGAAGCAAUCUAGCUGAACGUGUAUGGAAAGCCGUAGUGGAGCAGCAUGUAAACACGUUAUCGUCAUGGAAGAUUAGGCAAUUGGAUGCUCCAGUACAAACGUGGCAAUACAAGUUUAAGCCGUUUGAUUAUGAUAUUCCUCUCAAGGUGUACCUGUUUCUGGUGGUUCAUACCAUCAUUUUCUUUUUGGUCUCUGGAGCAUUUGGCAAGACUCAAUUUGUAAAGUCGCAAUAUGGUCUUGGUUUGGCGGCGGUUUUUACAUCCAUCACAUGUGUUGCUGUGACACUGGCGGUCCUUGACUGGUUUGGUGCAAAGGUGGAUGCUGUUCCUUGGUACCUGUUUCCACUGGUUGCCAACGUGGCUACUCUUGAGAAUGUGCUAUUGCUCACGAAUGCCGUGCUCAAUGCUGGUUGUGACAUGCAAGUCAAGGAAAAAGUGGGUCGUGGCCUUCAAAGUGUGGGCGUACCAAUGCUGGGGACCCUGGUGGCGGAACUUAUCAUUUUGGAAAUCGGCCGUGCUAUGGAUGUGCCCACUAUCAAGCAAUUUUGUCUCUUUGCACAAGCUGCCCUGAUUGUUGAAUACUUGCUGGAUAUGACCUUCUUCAUUGCUAUUCUUGCCAUCGAUGUCAAUCGUGCAGAGUUGGCCGAUCUGGAUGACCGCCAAGUCUCUAAACGUCUUCGUGAACUUGCCAUUGCUGGUACUGAUCCCGAUCAACGACCACCUGAUUAUUGCCCUGUUCAAUAUGAUGAAGAUGAAGGCGAUGUUACAAUGACAUGUGCUGACUGCAAGGAAUUCAAAACUCAUCGUGCAAUGAAUGCGCUCAUGUUAUGCUUAGUCAUUUUGGGCAUAUCCAUGUUCCAUUCCACGCUUGAAAAGUACAUGGUUCCCGAGACAUUCAUGCUACCACCCGCUGUCAAUCAACGUGUACCAUUACCCAGCAGCAUGAUCCUCAAGACUGAACGAUUACGCACCAUGUCAAACCAAUUUUGGGAUACCAUCAACCCUGAACGACAAACGCAAUGGAUACGUGUGGAACCACCUUACGUCGCAACAUUCAGUAUGGAAUCCGCCAUUGACAAUUCACCCAUAUGGACUUCCUAUGAAGAGCAGUAUCUUGAACGAUCCUUGUCGCUGGCUCAAAAGAACCUUGGCAAACGACCACCAUCGCGUUUACGUAGCUUUGUACUUGGCCAUGUGCAACGGAUGAUUGUUCUCUUGUGGCACAUCAACUUGCCGAUCUGCGCACUGUCCAUUGUACUUAUCGGCAUGUUACUUUGGCUAAAUCCAUCAUCUCGGGACCAAUGGCUUGCUCCCAUGUUUAAAAAAGUGGCGUUCAAGUUAUUAUCGCAGAAUUUCAUGUCGUGUAACAUUAUCGCUCGUCGUAUCCGCGACCAUUUCUCAGAACAAUCAUCAUCCAAUCAUGAAUCAGUACAACAACAGCAACAGCAGCAACAACAGCAACACCGUGAAAAUGUCACCAUCAAAACGCUUUCGGGUCAACAUGUGGCAGAUGUACGGCGAUUUGAUGCUAAUGCCAAACAUCAAUUGGCUGUAUCUUGUGGUCAAGAUGAUCGCAUUGUCAUGUGGGAUAUGGAAAAAGGUCGUGCAAUGGGUCGACUAGAAGAUGCAGCAGAUUCAUCAUCAUCAUCGGCCAAGCAUAUCAAAAUUGAUCAAGGCAACAAAUGGGUUGUUGGUGCUAUGAGUAGCGGCGUCGUACGUAUAUGGAGCGCAUGUACAUCCAAGAUGGUACGAGAUUUUUAUAUCGAGCGUGAAGAAUUGGCCUCUGUGACGACAUCCCUCUUCCCAUCCACCAACAUGAUGCGUAACAGACGCACUGGUAACGCCAUAACACCCAUCAGCAGCACUACAAGCUCCACCACUACCAGCACCACACACAACAGUAACCAUAGCAACAACAACAACAACAACAAUAGCAACAGCAACAACAAUAACCAUCAUCGACUUGCAUUGGGUGCUUUGGAUCGUGCAUUGGAUGUGCAAUUCUUGGGCGCUGUAGCCGAAUAUUGUCAUCCAGCAGUUGAACAAGUGGCAGCCAAAGCACAACAAGGUGGUGUGAUAAAAUCGCAAAACUAUGUGGUGUCAGUGCACAAGAGCGGCAUGUUACGUGAAUGGGACAUCUUAUCCGGUGCAUGUAUGCAAACCAUUCCUUCAGGCCACACACGUGAUGUUUCUAUUCUACAUGUCGUUGAAUCCAAACGCCCUCAUCGAAAGCAUGGUGUAUCAUGGGUAUUCACUGCCGGCAAAGAUGGCCGUGUUACUUGUUGGGAACGUCAAUUGGUGUCGCUUGGUGGUGAUGAAAAUGAUCAAGUUAGUCAAUGGACGUGUGCAUAUACCUUUGUGGGUCAUGAAGGCCAUGCCAUUACAUCAUUGGCCACUGAACUUCCUGUUGGUGGCAUGGGUAUUCUCGUAACUGGUGCAAGCAAUGGUAGUGUCAAGGUGUGGAAUUUUGAAACAGGUGCACUUGUGUGUGCCUUGACCGCUGAAGAGCGUGCAAAGGAUGACACAGCGGCGAUGAUGGUGACCACCAGUGGCAACAACAGCAUCGUACAAUUGACUGUGACACGAUAUUGCGAAGUCGAAUACGGUGGACGUGGCAUGUGCCGUGGAUGUGAUACGUGCUUUGGCAAUGGUUUCCUAAUUGCUGCAUGUACUACUCAUGAUCGCGUUGAUACUUGGCGUCUCGAACGUGUGGGUGGUGGUGGAAAUCAUCAUGGCAGUUGUACCCUUUGCAGUAAAGAUUAUCAUCGUACACAAUAUCGUAGUAGUCGACGUCGUCGUGCCGAUAGCAAUGCAUCAGCAUCUUCUUCUACAUCGUCAACAUCUUCACCAGCGGUUGCCAUGAGACGAAAACGUCGUCAUGUGAUACGAGGUGGUCCUCCCAAAAGACAGCAACAGCAAAAUCAACAUGACCAAGGCAAUGAUGAUGACAUACUUACAGGCUUAUUGGAUAUCGAACAACUAGCAGGCGAAGGCGAAAUUGAAUUGACAUCUACUUACUUGGGAAACAUCGAUCAACCCGCUGGACGGGGAAUCACGUUUUGUGGCAGCAACAAGUUACUAGCUGGUGUACGUCGUUCUUCUUCUUCGUCUACCCAAUCCAACAGCCAAUGGCAAGUAUGGUUUGCACAAUUACAAUACUUUGAUCCACCUGGUGAGAUACCCAUCGAUACUUUUGACCUGGAAACGAACGAGGACGAGAACACUAUGGAGCAGCAACAACAUCAUGAUGAGAGUCGAGAUUCGCUAUUUGGUCUCUUUGGCAGCAAUAGUAUUACUUCAUCACAACGACGACCUUCUAUGCACAAAGCUCGAAAUCACAGCAACAAGAGUCUGUUGAAAAAGAUGGAUGACAUUCAAGAGGAUGAGGAGUUCGAUGAAGAGGCCUAUGAACUAUUGCCAUUUUCCAUGGUGCGACAUGUCUUACCGCUUGAUGGUCUUGGUCUAGCAUGCGAUUUUGGCAACUUCAUCAAGCUCAUCUAUCUCGAUCGUGAACAAUCAUCCAAACGCAUGGGUGGUGCUGGUGCUGGUGCUGCUACGAUGGACGAUUGUAGCAAGUCAUCGCUGCAAAGUAGUGGUACUAAUAGUGCUGUAUGUGCUGUGCCGCCUUCAGCAUGUUCCAUUCUGCCAAAUUGUCCAAAGGCAUCCGAGUGUCGUGCGAUCGCAAGCAAAAAGCAUUUGUUUUCUUAA